CAUACGCAAGCGCACGCGCACGCAUACACACACACACGCAUGCACAUCCACGUUUCUUUUGGCCGGCCAUGGAUCCCUCGACGCUCCAAGCCGCUGUUGUCAGGGCGAAUUAAUAGCCCGCUCGCUCGCUGUUUUGCUCCUCCCGACCUUGCCCGCCUCCGGCUUGGCUUCUUAAUAUUUGAUCCAGGAUUCCUGUGCUGUCCACCCAUGGCCACAUCGGAUGGAAUAGACGGCUGUCUGCAGCGAGGCAGAUCUCAAAGUGACCCGAAUAUACUCACCGAACCGGGGAUCGAUUUGGCUCACGGCACAGUAGAUGUGCUGGACCAGCAGAGGGUGCUAAGGACCGGCUGCCUGGUGACCGGCGUCCACACUCCCCCCAUCAGGCGGAAUAGUAAGCUGGCCACACUGGGCCGCAUCUUCAAGCCCUGGAAGUGGAGGAAAAAGAAAAAUGAAAAACUAAAACAAAGUUCCACAGAUGUAGCAUUAUCCAGCGGCCUUCUCUACCACGACCCAAACUGCUCCGGCCAGGGCUGCUGUUCAGAUGGAACACUCCUGCUUGGCAGUUUUGGGGGACCUUUGAACUCAAACCUCACGGUCAGCAGUGUGGAAUACCUUGGACCAGAGGAGGAGCAUCCCCUUCCAGUGGUCAGCCCCCUCCAGGACUGCGAGCGUCUGCAGGAAGCUGUAAAUGCAGCACUUAAAGAGGAGGACUUGGACCAAGGGGCACAUCCUGUGGGAGAGUUAGCCGAAGGCCUGCAGGAUGUCAGAGAGCGAAUGGAAGACAGACCGGAGGAGGAGAUUGCUUCAGGAACAUCUCCUCCACGAGUACCUCCAAAACUUUUGCCGCAGCUUACCACUGGAGACAAUUCAGGCCCUGCAUCACUCCCUCUUCACCACCCAAACUCUUACCACCCGAAAGAGCAUCCACACCGGCCCACGGAGAGUCUGGUGCCCAUCACUCUUCCCCUAAGAGGGCCCCUGUCCAACUCCUCAGGGUCACCUCACCUUGGCAAUAUGAUUCACCCACCUAUGCCCCCUAGUUGUAUUAUGGAGGAACUCCAAAGAGCAUUCGCCACCAAGAACAGACAGGAGAGUGUGCAUGAAGGGUGUGAGCAGGGCUCAUCUCCCCCGCGGCUGUGGUGCUCCGAUGGACGCCUUUCUCGUUCUUGCAGCUCAGAGAACCAACACACGUCUUCUCUGACAAGUAUGUGCGUUGGAGGUGGCAGCUCCGACUGGCCCAAGAAGGAGGCGGAGGAGAAUAAGGAGAAUGUGCGGCUGGACCAGUGCUUCUCCAACGCAUCAGGCCUCCCCACUGACCUGGAUGAAUGGAACGACUCUGUCAUCUCUGGCACACUUCCUCGCAGGUUGAGAAAGGAGCUACUGGCUGUCAAACUACGGAACCGGCCCACCAAGCAAGAGCUGGAGGACCGGAACAUCUUCCCGGCGAGGAGCGACCAGGAGCGCCAAGAAAUACGGCAGCAGAUUGAAAUGAAACUUGCUAAGAGGCUGAGCCAGAGACCCAACGUGGAGGAGCUGGAGAGUCGAAACAUUUUAAAACAGAGAAACGACCAGACAGAACAAGAGGAGAGGAGAGAGAUCAAACAGAGGCUUAACAGAAAGCUCAACCAGCGGCCCACAGUCGACGAACUUCGUGACAGAAAGAUUCUGAUCCGCUUCAGCGACUAUGUGGAAGUGGCCAAAGCUCAGGACUAUGACAGAAGGGCGGACAAGCCCUGGACGAGGCUCUCGGCAGCAGACAAGGCUGCCAUCCGUAAAGAGCUGAAUGAGUUCAAAAGCACUGAAAUGGAAGUACACGCAUCCAGCAAACACCUUACGAGGUUCCACCGGCCAUGAGAGCCUGGGGUUUCUUCUGUGAAGAAAUGUUCUGAAUGUGCUCAGUGUCGACAGGCCUGGAGCCUUUUCCGUCUUCAGCGAGUCUUACUAGCUUUCUUCCUGCUUGGACAGGAGAUAAUGUUCAUGGCUUCGUGUUCAGAAGGCCGCUGGACUUUCAAGGUGGCAGCGGGCUGGACUGUAUUAUGGAGCCUCUGAUUCCCAGGAUGAGAACAAACGAGGAUAAAUCUGUUUUGUUAACGAGUCAAUGUUGGGUUUUUUGUACCAUUUCAUGAACAUGACAAGACAUCUAGUGAGAGGAUGUGCAUGUGACCACCUUUUCUUAACUGCUGAAUAACAUUUCACUUGACUGGGUGGAUUUGAUAUUCACUGUACAUAAAGUAUGUCAACAUCAAUGAAAAGAAAACCACCUUUGUAACAAGACAUUAAAAUACAGUCUUUUCUAAAAACAAAGGCUCUUUUACUUUGUCAAAUCUGUGAUCCAAGUGUAGGGAUGCAAGGAAGUGGGGAGAGAGUUCAUUCAAAAAACAUUUAAGAAAAAGGCAAACAAAACUACUGGUCAUAAAAAGAGAAACAGGUAGUGAUGAGCACAUGAGGCUUCAUUGGGUUUUGAGGCUUUCCAACCAAGCCGUUUGCAAAUAGAUUCAUUUCUUGAGGAAUCAUGUGCACACAAACCCCUCUGCUGGUCAACAGGAGCAAUGCAUUCCAUUAAUGAGAAUGAGAACAUUCACCUUUAUAUUUUGCUUCAUGUAGCCUGAUGAAAAUGAAUAAAAUUUCUCCCUGCAUGUGCAUUCACGUUGAAAGAAGUGGAAUACUGUGUCUCAAUAUGUAAAUACCAUCAAUGUCAAUUGAGACACUAAAAGUUGACAGAACACAUUUUGUUUUAAAGGGCUGCUGUGUUUUAACAGGGAAAGACUGAUGUACUUACGGAUGACGAUGACUUGUGAACAGUAAAGAGGGUGGUAUAUCUGCUUGUGCAA